AUGGCCUCCCACGACCCGCCCGCCACCACCUACGCCCCGCCCGACGCGCCCUCGGGGGUCGCGCUGUUCCUCACCAUCCCCUACGCCUUCUUCCUGCCCGAGCUGGUAUUUGGGUUCUGGGUCUGGAUCCUGGUCGCUGCCACCCAGGUUUCAAGCCCGCUGCUGCAAGGAUGGGUGAUGUAUGUCUCGCUCACCUCGUUCCUCAUCUCCCUGAUGCUCCUCUUGUCUUACCUGGUUGGAUUUUAUAAAAGAUUUGAGUCCUGGAGAGUUCUGGACAGCCUGUACCACGGGACCACUGCCAUCCUGUACCUGAGCGCCGCCGCCUUGCAGGCGAAUGCCACGAUCGUUUCUGAGUCCCAGAACCUGAGCCACUACUACAUCAACACGGCGGCCUCGUUCUUCGCCUUCCUCACCACGCUGCUGUACAUCCUCCACGCCUUCAGCAUCUACUACCACUGA